CAGCAGCCAGUCAAGACAUCCAGGAUAACAACACAAUCAGAGAUCACUAUUUCAACAACUGGGGGGAAUCAAACAGGACAACAAAAGCAUGCAACCCGUUCGGAUUAACCUUCAAGUACUCUGACGAACCAGGAGUGAGAAGAAGGACUGCAGGAUUUAAAAACUGUGGCUUGUUUCUUUUUGGGGGGGGAGAGAGAGAAGUGCCUAAAGGUGGAGCUGCUCUGGUAACGUCUUGACUUGUUUAGCCAGUUGGCGAACAUUCAUGUUUUUAGUGUUUUGAAUUUGCACGAAAACUGGACUCUGAGACCAAACGAGCCGUGCUUCCCCUUACACCGAACACUUGAAUAUCCAUUUAUUUGCAUUUAAAGUCAUGCUGGCUUUUUAUCUCGCAUUCAUAGCGAGUUAGCAACCCCUCCAAAAGGACCGACUCGUUGUCGCAGCGGAAAGCCGAACCCACGGCGCAUUCGAUCGGCCUCCGCACCAAAACAAUGCCGCGGGUUGAAAAUGGGCCUUCCGUAGAGCUAACACCAGGAAGCUAACACUAGCUCGACACAGCAGCAGGCCCUCUUUUAGAUAAGCAUUAUCACUCUUAAAUCAGCGUAUUAAAUCAAAAUCGAAGUGCAAACCCCCUCAUUUAACACACAUAAACUGUAAUUUCAUAUUUUAAAGCCCUGCAGCCGGGUCAGCAGACGCCGGGUAAUCUGCUAAUUAGCCACCUAGCUCGUUAGCCUUGUUGCUCCUGUUGUUUACAGUAAAUUAAAAAACAUAAUCUGCAAUUUACUGCUUUUUUUUGGCAGUUUUUGGAGUAGUUUGGCUACUGGCGUCGUCCUGUAAUAGAUCCCAUAUAUAAGGUACGUUAUUUUGUUUAAUAUUCAGUGUUUUUGUGUUUGCUUGACACAGAACAAUACAGGUGAAUAUCUCUACUUUCAUGCAGGAUUCUUACACAAUGCAUGCAACAAUAUGAGAAAGAAAACUGGCCAAAUAAAGCAGCUGCAAGCUUCCUAUUAAGAUUAUUUAUAGUUUGCACACAAAUGUAAACAAAUCUGACUUGAGUGUGUUUAAUUGCAGGCUGUCACUUAAGUUGUAAUUAUAAUGCCAUGCUGUUAUCUUUAGUGUCACUUUGAGUUAAUAAUCCAGGACAUAGCUUUACACAGACAUUAUGCAUGAGAGCAUGUGACCUUUUGACCUGCUGAGACAUAUCAGCCAUUCAUUUAUGAUUGAUGACCUUUGUGCAGUUUCCAUUUUUCCACUAUCAUCACUACGUCAAGUCGUAAAAUCACAGCCUUGGUGGUUUGUGUUUAACCACUCAUGUAACCUGCUGGAAAAGGGACACCGAAGUGGGUUUUUUUAGCAGCACUUUAUUUUAAACGGGAACAUGAGGAGCGAUCCGUCUGAACCCGCAUCCAAGUAGCUUGAAGAUCCGAUCUUGAGCACAACAGGGAAUCCUCCUCCUCCUCCUCCUCCUCCUCCCCACCCACCUCAUUGUGUGCACUCAAAAAAAGAAAACACACGCUGUGGAGGAAUGACAUGAAGGUGAUGAUGACAGCGAUGGGGAUGAUGACGAUGAUAAAAGAGGACCAGUGACAGUGUUGAUCCCGCACCAGGAAGCAGAGGUCGCAGACAUGAGUCUCCGCCAGCCCACCUCUACGCUGGACAGGCUCAGCAGUCUGACCAUCGGGGACUCGGAGCGCAAAUCCUCUGCCACCCAGCAGAGGGAGCCAUUGGUUGACUACCCUGUUGAUAGUACGGGUCCUGGUCUUGUGCAGAGAUGCGUGGUGGUGCAGAAGGACCAGCUCGGCUUCGGCUUCACAGUGUGUGGAGAGAGAGUGAAGCUUGUGCAGAAUGUCCGAUCAGGUGGUGCAGCAGUCAAGGCGGGGGUCCAAGAAGGAGACCGGAUCAUAAAGGUGAACGGUCAGCUGGUAUCCUCCAUGUCCCAUCAGGAGGUGGUGAAGCUCAUCAAAUCUGGAACCUACGUAGCCCUGACACUUCAAGGACCGCCCCCUUCGUCUGCCUCCUUGCCCCUCGAGCCCCUCUCCACUGACCUCACAUCCAAUCAAAGAACGUCUCUAGGCGGGGAAGCUCCGCCCCCUCCGCCUCCACCUUUGCCCUCUGGACUGAGCAGCACGCCUUCCCAAAGAAUCACAGGACCCAAACCACUACAGGACCCAGAAGUACAGAAACAUGCCACUCAGAUACUCAGGAAAAUGCUGGAGCAGGAAGAGGCUGAACUUCAGGACCUGCUGGAGGAGCAGUCGAGGAACCCGUCGCCGUCUCUGGAGGAGCGGAUUGAAAGUGCCAAAAGGAGAGCCAACCAAGUCAGGGUUAAGAUUCAGCAAGAUCUGGAGGGAACGCGAUCAGAAUGUACAACCAGCUACGUCAUAGCAGGAGAAGGUCGACUAUCAAUGGACUCGAGUGAAGGAGACGUGGAGGGCUUUGAGAGUCCCCACUCCUCCCCCUCAUCCUCCUUCCGGAUCCCCCAACACAGGCGGCAGAACUCCGACACACACACCCUGUCUGACCUGGGUGGAAAGGCUCAGAUCAUCGGCCCAGAGGAAGAGGAUGAAGAAGACGACGGCUAUGCAUUUAAUGAGAUGGACGGUCCGUUUCAGGACAUCGAGCUGCUCAAGUCACGACCUGCACACAUGACUGUGUUCAUGAGAUACAUCUUCACGCAGCUUCUGGACCCCAACCCUCUGCUGUUUUACCUGUCGGUGGAGGCCUACCUGGGCUCCAGUCCUAAAGACGCACGCACACUCGCACCUCAGAUCUGCUCCCACUUCCUGGACCCCGAUGCUCCCCUGAAAAUCAAAGUGCGAGAGGAGUAUCUCACAGAUAUCGAGAGUCGACUUCACGCUCAGGAGGACAUCAGAGGACCUCUGUCCGAGCUGCAGCAGCAAGUACUGCCUGACAUCCAGGACCAGAUCCAGGACUACAGGAACAAACAGAUGAUGGGCCUCGGCUCUCUGUUUGGAGAGGGAGACCUGCAGCACCUGGACGGGGACCCGUUGAAAGAGAGGCAGGUGGUGGACAGACAGGUCACCGCCCUCUGGGAAAUACUAUCAAAGCACGAAGAGGACAGGAGUUCUCCUCUGGCGUCGGCCGUGCUCCUCUACCUGCGGCACUCGGGCAUCAAGCUGAGAGACUCCAAGGUGUUCCCCGGUCUGAGCACGGAGAAGGAGAAAUGGCUCGCUUUCUUAAAGACCAAAAAGCUGAGUGGUAUCAAGAAGGAUAAAGAUGGAGAGGACAAAAAGAGAAACCCUAUCCUGAAGUACAUCGGCAAACCCAGGACCACAUCCCAGUCGACAUUCCAUGUCCCCUUGUCUCCCACCGAAGUCCGUCCGGGCAGCGUGAGGAAUAUCAUCCAGCAGUUUGAGAACAACACGGAGACGGGCGAGGAGGGAGGGGACGCCGCCGCCGACCCCCAGAGGCUCUCCACCAGCAGCCUGGGAGAAGACAGCAUGGACAGCCCCACCAUCUCCGUGCGCCUGGCUCGUAGCGAGUCGCUGAAGGCUCAAGGAGAAGGCCGCCGGCGAGGCGUCACCUCGGGCACCGAGUCGGUCCCUCGCUCCCGGAGCGACGUGGACAUGGAGGACUGCGGGGAGGAGAGGGAGGGGCCCGGGCUCCGGCCGCUGCAGCACAGCACGUCGUCGUCUGCAUCCAGCAGCUCUGCACGGUCUCUAGAGAACCCUACACCCCCAUACACCCCUCGGUCGAGACGCAGGAGUGUAGACUCCCCGUUGGCACUGCUGCCGGACGCCGUGGCGUUAGAGGAGGAGGCAUGCGACAGUCAGAACUGGCAGGACACGGUCCCCGCUCAGCUCCUCGCCACGCUCAGUCCGCGGGAGGUGGACCGGCAGGCCGUCAUCUACGAGCUCUUCACCACCGAGGCGUCUCACCUGCGGACCUUGAGGGUCUUGGAUCAGGUCUUCUUCCAGAAGAUGAGGUCCGUGCUGAACUCUGAAGAGCUCGCCUGCAUCUUCCCGAACCUGCCCCAGGUCUAUGAACUCCACGCAAAUCUGUGUGAGGCAAUGAAGAAGAGAAGAGAGACACCCAUCGUUCAGGCCAUCGGGGACGUCAUGCUGGCCAGGUUUGAAGGUGCAGCUGGAGACGAGUUUCAGGAACAGGCGUCCCAGCUGUGCAGCCUGCAGACUCAGGCUCUGGAGCUCAUCAAGAACAAAAAACGCAAAGAUCCUCGUUUUGCACACAUCAUCCAGGAGUGUGAGGCGAGUCCUCACUGCCGCCGGCUGCAGCUGAAGGACCUGCUGGUGUCGGAGAUGCAGAGACUCACAAAGUACCCUCUGCUGCUCGACAACAUCAUCAAACACACAGAGGCCGGCUCGUCAGACCUCCCCUCUCUGCAAAGCGCCCAGGCGUGUUGCAGAGGGAUACUGCAGGCGGUAAACGAGGUCGUCAGGGUAACGGAACACCGGCAACGCCUCAGCCAGUACCAACGCAGGCUGGACGCCGCCCCUCAGUUUAAGAGUCUCGACCUCACCACAAAGAGGAUGAUUCAUGAAGGUCCUCUCACGUGGAAAGUCAGCAAAGACAAGCAGAUAGAGAUCCAAGCGCUGCUGCUGUCAGACUGCCUGGUCCUCCUGCAGCGGGGCCCCGACGAUCGGCUGCAGCUCAGGUAUCCCUCCCGCUGGCUGGGUGGAGGCGGCGGGGGCGGCGGGGACAGCAAGACCUCCUUCAGCCCUCUGGUGAAGCUGGACUCGCUGCUGGUGCGCUUAGUGGCUACAGACAACAAAGCCCUUUACGUCAUCAGCACCACCGAGAGGCAGAUCUAUGAGCUGGUGGCCGGGACGUCGUCGGAGAAAAACACCUGGAAAGAUUUACUUGAAAAGACCAUCUCAUCAUCUGGAGGAUCAUCACCUCUGAUCAAUCACGGAUCCAUACGUCUCUCUUCCCCCAGUCUAGGCAGUGCGUCUCCAGUGUCAACUGGGAGCAAUGUCUUUGCAGAUAACUCUAUGACAGAGCAGUCGGAUUCAAUGGAGACUCAUUCGUCGGGCGACGACAUCGCACUCUCAGCGGCCGCUCCUUCCAACGUGUCGGAGAGAAAAACAGCUGGAGUGGCGGAGGCGGCUUUACAAGACGUGGAAACACUACGGCAGCUCAUCAUACGAGACCUCGAAGAGGACGGCUGGAGCCACGAUUCGGACGACACGCCCACCAACGAGACGGGGAACCGGAGGAGCUCCUUCAGCGAAAGACAGCGGCCCGAGUCCCUGGAGACCGUCCUCAACUUCAGCACCGGCGAAUGGGAGGCUGAGCCCGAAGAGGCCCCGCCCCCGGAGGCGGAGCAAUCCAGCGUUCAUGUCGUGAGGAAAGCUGUGGUUGCGGGUCCUUCUUCUUCUUCUUCUGUCCCUGACGACAUCACUGAUGAUGUCUCCGACCAAUCAUCCAAGCCGAGAGGCGGGGCCACGACGCAGGGAAACACUUUCUACCUGGUCAUGCCCACGGAGCAAGGUGAGAGCGUCACCGACGAUGCCGAAGACCCUCCCGCCCCCGUCGCCACCCCCCACCUCCCUCGGCCGCCGGAGGGGACGCCCACCUGCGACCCGGAGCCCGACCGAUCGGAGGCUAUGCAAUUAGAACGUGACGAAGAGGAAGACGCGGGCCAAUCGCAGGCGGGGCACCCGAGCCACGUGAUCAAAAAUGUGGACGAGAUUUUUCACACAAUCGAGGGGUUGAUGAGCAAGUUACGCCAGCUGAAGGAAAUAGAGAAGGCCCAUCACAAGCUUCUGAAGACCCUCACAGAGCCGCCUGUCAAUCAGGAGUCAGAGGAGCCACAGUGUCACUCUGCAUCCGUCUCCAGAACACCGUCUCUGGAUCGCGGCUCCAUAGACGGCAAAGAGGGCAGUCCAGCUGAGCCCAAGAUCCUGUCGACUGGAUUUUGAUGUACGGCGUGCAGAGCAGGUUCACUUGCAAUCGCUUAAAAAAAGGACGCGCACAAAACGUGUACCCGCUGUCAGACUCAGCCCCGUCUCCCCUCGUCCUUCCUCCCCUGCAUGCACUGACCAGUGGAACAGAAGCCCCCCGCCCCCUCCCUCCCUCCCCUCCCCUCCCCCGGAUGGACCACGACUCUUUGUUUUGUUUUGUGUGGAAGCUGGGCGGACGCACCGGGACUUCUGAAGUCUGUCAAAACUUCAGAUGCUUUCAGGAGCCACGAGAGAGGUGUCCAGGACAAAGUGAGCGGGGGGGGGGGGAGAAAGUGAUGAAGGAACAAAACAAAAACAAAAAAAGGCAAGACGACAAGUUGACUGGAGAAGAGGGAGAACAAAACAAAAAAAAAGUUGAAAAGUAUUGAAAGUGGAAAAAUGACCAAGUCGGAUAUUUUUUUUGAAGGAAAAAUUGCGUUUUUAUGUCUCGCUGGUUUGAAGGAGCAGAAAAGUGUUGAAAUGUUAAUUUAAGGAAAAUCCAAGGGACCCAUCACCCCCUGCACUUUACCCACAAUGCAUCCCUCUGUCAUGUAUGUCCUCUAUGGAUGGAUCAGGGACUGGAGGUUGCCACUGGCUUUAUGUUUGAGCCAAGAUGGCCUCCGUGGGAUCCCCCCUCCCCCUCCCCUCCCCCGCCUCCACUGGUUGCUUUACACUGAGUUCACCUGCCACCACGGCCGAAGGACUGUGUUGUUAUAAUUCAGGUUAUUUGCACUGGGUAAGGAAACCAAUAUCACACACACACACACACACACACACACACACACAUAUACACAUAUCAUUUAACCAUCUCAUUCGUUUGUAUCCCCUUGAGUUAUCCACAUUGGGAACAGCCACUUUGACAUAUCCUUCAACCUUUUAAGCUACGAAAUGACUGAAAGAUUCAGUGCUACAUUUUGAUCAUUACAUUCUUCAUUUUGUUUUGUUUUUGUUGUUGUUUUUGAAGUUCUGGAAACACUACUGCGCUGUUUACUACUGAUAUGCUGGCCAGGUUGUUUUUUUUUUUUUCUUUUCUUUCUUGUUUUUGUUGUUGCGCUGCUUCAGAGGCGUACAGGGAUUUUAAAAAAAAAAAAAAAAACAAGCUCAGUGGAUUCACACAUCCGAUCUGAUCAUGUCAAGUUUGGGAAAUUUAGGAUGUUUUUUUUUUUAUUCUAAGGGGAAAAGUUCCAGACGUGAGGAGACUGGACAAAUACAGAUUCACCCUCGGGGAAACUUGAAUUUUUUUUUUUUCAUUGUUUUGUCGCUCAAUGAAACAGCUGCCAAAUAUCUCCGCUGACCUCCGCCGGUCUUCACUUUUUAAGAGUCCCAACGUGAGUCUUUCAGCGGAUUGUGUGUGAAUAUAUACGGCGAUGAAUACUGUGAACCAGCAACUUCUCCUCUCUCCCCACCCGGUGGUCGUACCGUACACAGUGUUUAAAAAUCAAUGUAGCCCGACACCCAAAGGACUGUGCUCUUUUACCAAGUAGCUUUCCACAGAGAGAUCCCGCCUUCACUGGGAGAAAGGACAAAACGUAUAUCCACAUGGGCGACGUCGCUAAGUAACUGGUAUAUUUCCACUAACCUGUGAGAGCAGCACAAAUACGUUUAGAGGAAUAGUUUCAUAUUUUGGAAUCACACUUAUUUGCAAAGACUGGUACCACUUUCAUUUUUUUCCACAUACUGGUUAGCUUGGAUUUGCUUAGCGUGACUUCCAAGACAGGAAACAAGAGAUGUGAAAAAAAAGGGGGAAACACCCAACCUGGGCUUUUGUAAAAAAAGUCGACCUACAGGCGGCUAAAAGGUUGCUAAUCAAGAUGUUACUGUUCAUUUAGCUCAACAAGUCUCCAGAAAGUGACAUCGCCAGGCCGAGAAAUCUUCUAAACACAUGCAGAACCAUCAUUUUGUAUGUUCUAGUGGGUUUUUUUAAUCAAACAAACCAAAUGAGACUUAUCUUUAAUGGUUUUAGAGUCGCUGACGGUCACACUCGUAGCCUUUUAGACGGAGCCAUGCCAGCUGUUUCCCCUGUUUUUAAGUCUAAGUGACAAGCUAAGCUAACAUGCUACAGCGUCAUCUCAUCAAACACUCAAAAUGUCAAAACUGUUUCUUAAAUUGGAGCGUAUGAUGGAGCGGUUUAAUAUCCUGGGCGUUCAGAAAUGUUAUUUUUCCCACCCCCUGCUGUCGUCGAGGCUGAUUAAUAAGUAAAGACUGACGCUGAAGCCAACGAGCUUCCUUUAUUCAUCACACUGUUUUACGCACACAUACCAGAAACAUCUGGAAGAAGUGUUGCAAAGAGGAAUCCUCUUCCUGGACUGAAUCUGGUUUGAGCUGGUUUCAAAUACUAACCGAGGAGUUCUUUAGGAAGUCACACAGACUUUUUUUUUUUUUUAACCAGCUUCAGAAAUGACAACACACAACCCUAACAGAACCGAACCAGGAUCCAUGUACAUAUUGACACACUACAAGAAGCCUCUGAAUCUACCAUUAAAAAAAAACCCAAUAAACCGGACGCCUGAUCCUCGGUUCUUUAACUCCUUACUCUCUGAAGUAGACACCACCAAGAAGUGUAACUUUCACAAACGAACAAAAACUCUGAAAUCAGAGCUACUCACUGAUCAAUCAGGUCAGGUGAUCUAAGGGACUGAUUCUGUAUGAACUUGAGGAAUUUGUGCUAAAAAUGGGGGGAAAAAAAGGUCUACCAAAGUGAAAUGUCUCUCCUGUGGGAGUUGAAGGGAACAGUUUCUUUUUGAUUGUUUUUGUGUGUUCUCAACAUUUUGCCUGCUAAGAUGUGUCCCCCCCCCACAUAUGGUAAAAUACUGCUUUGUUUAUCACACUUAAGAAGUAGUAAGUCCAUCAUUUGACACAUAAACGUCCCUGUAUUUGAUUGAAUCAGAUUCUCCUCCAACUACAGCAUUUUUUCAUCUCCAAUUUCUACCUCUUCACUUCAGUUAUCUAUCUUCCACCUUCUUUUUUUUCCAGACUUUUAUCUUGUACAUUGACAUCAGCGUUAUGGCCCUAACCAGCCGUUUAAAAAAAAAAAAAAAAAAAACAAGCUCUAACUGAUUCCUUUUUUUUUUUUUGUUACAAAAAAAGUUGCACAAACGAACUCCCCUGCACGGUGCAAACUACUGUAUGCAUACACACGUCUUUAACUAUCAUCUCGUUGUCUUUUAAUUUGUGUUUUUUUUUUUAAACAAUACAAAACAAAUCUCGUUCACUCAUGUAAUAUAGAGAGAUCAGACCCACUUGUUUUAUAUAUGUCCAUUUUCUUUCUGUAAAGCCUUAGUCCUCGUAUUUGAUUUUAUUUUUGUAGAUAUGAUUUUUAAAAAAAAAGGAUGUAUAAAUUAUUUUCUUCUCCCUUGUUUUUAAAAUUGGUGAGAUUGUUUAGCUGCACAGAUGGAAAAAAAAAAGAGCUCAUGUCUCAGAUUCAUGUGUUUUGUGAGAUUAAAAAAAGAAACUGGAUAAAGAAAA